GUUAAAAAGUUUUAGGUUAGAAAACGGGUCUCAAUUUCAACCCAAUGCCCUACAUCUGGCACCACCACGAGAGGCGCAGCUGCGUGAGUCACCGCCGCGAGAAGUGUCACCACAAGUAACAUUACAGUGAGAAGCGCCGCCGAAGUCUUACGGGUUGAAGCGCGAUUUUGACUAAUUGCUCUUAUCCCUUUCUCUCACUACUUUCUGUCCAUUUUUUUUUAUCUCAGUAUUUGAAGCCAGAGUUGAAGAUUUUAUUAUUUGAAUUGUGAGGAAGAUUGAUCAAAGAAACUGAGACAAAAAUGAAGAUGGUAACUGCUUUCACCGGCAACAUGAAGAGAGCUGCUGCUGGGCUUAAACGCAUUAAUCUUGAUGGUCUCCGAUGGCGGGUUUUUGAUGCACAAGGCCAGGUCCUUGGGAGGUUAGCAUCUCAAAUCGCUACUGUAGUUCAAGGAAAAGAUAAACCAACUUACACCCCUAAUCGUGAUGAUGGAGAUAUGUGCAUUGUUCUUAAUGCAAAGGAUGUUUGUGUGACUGGGAGAAAACUCACACAAAAGGUCUACUACUGGCAUACAGGCUAUAUUGGCCACCUCAAGAAAAGGACUCUAAAGGAUCAAAUGACCCUAGACCCUACUGAAGUCAUUCGCAAAGCUGUUCUGCGUAUGCUGCCCAGAAACAAACUACGUGAUGACAGGGAUCGAAAAUUAAGGAUUUUUCCUGGCAGUGAGCACCCAUUUGGUGAUCGGCCACUUGAACCUUAUGUGAUGCCUCCGAGAAGUGUACGAGAAAUGAGGCCACGAAAAAGGCGUGCCAUGAUUCGAGCACAAAAGAAGGCUGAGCAGCAACAACAGAAUGCUGAUGGAAAGAAGGGCAAAAAUGGAGAAGCGCGGAAGAAACUGCAUGAAGAUACAAUUUUGCUCAAGGAAGAUGUGCAGGCAUUUUCAUUUUGCUUUUCAGUGGACUCGUUCAUUAAUGCAAAGACCAAACCCAGUGCCACCAUGCCUGAAAUGAGUAAAGGUUUCAGAACUCCAUAAAUCCUGACGCCAUAGCAUUCAAAAGGUUUUUAAACCUUUGGAUAAAAGUUUCAUAUUAAUUUUAGUUUAAUGACAAUCACGAAAUAAUAUCAUUUGCUAGAUAAAGGUAUAUUUUUAUUCUUGUCUUUGUUGAAAUUUAAAUUCCUUACAGUCGAGUAGUUGCUGGAUCAGCUUGCUCAAAGCUUUCAAACACGCAAUCCUUCUUACUUGGGUCCAUACCCUAUAUCACAGAGAAAGAAAAUCAGUGAUUUAUCCUUAAAUUGAUUUUUAUUAAUAUAUCAAAAAGACGGUUCUGUGGAGUUUCUGUAGACAGGUUCAUAUCAUAGCCUGUGUUCUCAACUUCAAACCAAUGUAUCACUUUGUUGUCUUUUAUAAAUGCUUAUGUUUUUUAA